AUGGUAGUCAAUCAUGAUGCAGACAUGCCCGAGAAGCUAGAAGAUGUAACUGAUAAAUCCGAAUCGAUUUUGGGUUUGAGAAAGAGUACUGUACGGGGAAAUUGUUCACAUCUUAGAGCUCAUGUAGCCUCAUUCAUGGAAGCCGCCAUGGCUGCAAAACUUGUGGUGGUGGGAGGAGUUCUUGUUUCCGUGAUGGCAGUGCUUUUACGGGGUACAAUAAUAAGGCCUCAAUUUCGUCUCUACGUUGACGCCUCCCACUGGUUUGCCUCAAUAAAGCUUUUCGCUGUUUUCCAGUUGUCAGUAAGUCCCGCAACUUCACAAAUGCCAUUCUUUGAAAGGAUCAUGGACGCCAUAAUUCUGGUUGAGCUUCUUAUUCCUCUCAUCCGACCGCUUUACCUUCUCCUGCCACCUCUGUUUCUCUACUUCUUCCCAAGCAAGGAGGUCAUCCAGGACGAGGAAAUCAAAAUUCUCAGCCAACUAGAACAUCCAAACACUGUGAAGUGUUAUGGAAAUGAAAUCGUUGGACGCUACCUUUCUCUAUACAUCCAACCAGGUUCACUGAAGAAAUAUAUUUUGGAGCUAGGUGUUUUACAUGGACCUUCAAUUCGAAAUUUCACUGAACAAAUUCUCUCUUGGUUGGAUUGCCAGUGUAAUAAAAGAGUUGUUGACAGGGACAUAGAGCCAGACAAUCUGCUUGUCUAUUCUAACGACAUAGUAAAGCUGAUUAACUUUGGUUUGGCCAAGCAUGUUCUUCAAAAAAUAGAAUAUAAGAGAUCGCUUGAAGCUUCUGCUGCUGAUAUAUGGAGUUUGGGCUGUGUAAUCAUUAAAAUGUUCUCAGGGAAGCAUCCUCGGCCUGGUUUUGCGCCGGUGCAGGCCUUCUAUAAAGUUUGUGUUGAACAGCAACAUCCGCCCAUACCAGAAGGGUUAUGCGAAGAGGGUAAAGGAUUUCUGGAACUCUGCUUCACAAGAACUCCGGCCGACCGGCCAUCUGCUGCAGCAUUACUAGACCAUUCCUUUAUAAGUAGUUGGAUUACUAGGGAUGUCUGCUCAAGGUUUAAUGUCCUCGUCUCUGGUGAUGAAGAGACUAAGCUCGUGCGGAAGCAAAUCGCUAUUCUGAGCUGA